UCUCUCACGUCUUGCUUUCUCUCUCUUUUUGCUUUUUCUUUCUCUCACUCCAGCUCCCUGGCAUGGUGGCCACUGCCCACACCCCACUCUGCCCCUUGCUCUGUGAGAACCCUCUGAGCAGUCCCCGGGGCCUGGGUGACCCAACUCGGAGGUUCCCGUGGCAUCCGUUGGAGAGGCCCUAGGGUCACGGCAUUUCCUCCUGGGGGUGACUUGGCAGUGGCAUGCUCUGUUUCCUCACUUCUGCAAUUUCCAGACAGCUCAGAGGCUGGGUCUGCAGACAGAGACACUCGGAUCCCACAGCUGUAGCCGCUGCCUCUGGUACAGGCACAGGCAGGACCCUGUAACCAGCUGCCUCUUCCAGCCCAGAGCGAUGCAGUCAAAUAAUUUCUCUCGUGUGGACUCUGAGUUCCGAUACACCCUCUUCCCAAUUGUUUAUAGCAUCAUCUUUUUGCUGGGGUUUAUCGCCAACAGCUAUGUACUGUGGGUAUUUGCCCACCUGUAUUCUUCCAAGAAACUCAAUGAGAUAAAGAUCUUCAUGGUGAACCUCACCGUGGCUGACCUGCUCUUCUUGCUCACCCUGCCCCUGUGGGUCGUCUACUACUACAACCAGGGCAACUGGAUUUUCCCCAAGUUCCUGUGCAACCUGACUGGCUGCUGCUUCUUCAUCAAUACCUACUGCUCUGUGGCCUUCCUGGGUGUCAUCACUUACAACCGCUUCCAGGCAGUGACAAAGCCCAUCAAGACCGCUCAGGCUUCCACCCGCAAGCGUGGCAUCUUUUUGUCCCUGGUCAUCUGGGUGGCCAUUGUGGCCGCUGCAUCGUACUUCUUAUUCAUGGAUUCCACCAACACGGUGCCCAACAAGGACGGCUCAGGCAACAUCACCCGCUGCUUUGAGCAUUAUGAGAAAGGCAGUGUGCCGGUCCUCAUCAUCCACAUCUUCCUGGUGUUCAGCUUCUUCCUUGUCUUCCUCAUCAUCUUCGUCUGCAACUUGGUCAUCAUCCGCAAGCUGCUCAUGCAACCGGAGCAUCUGCAGCGCAACGCAGAAGUCAAGCACCGGGCACUGUGGAUGGUCUGCACAGUCUUGGCUGUGUUCAUCAUCUGCUUCGUGCCCCACCACAUGGUGCAGCUGCCCUGGACCCUGGCUGAGCUGGGCUUCCAGGACAACAACUUCCACCAGGCUAUUAACGAUGCACAUCAGAUCACCCUCUGCCUCCUUAGCACCAAUUGUGUCUUAGACCCCAUAAUCUACUGUUUCCUCACCAAGAGUUUCCGCAAGCACCUCACCGAUAAGUUUUACAGCAUUCGCAGCAGCCGGAAAUGCCCCCUAGCCACCACGGAGACGGGCAUUGAAGUGGUCAUGCCACUCAACCAGAUCCCUGUCAAUUCCCUCAAAAAUUAGUCCCUGAUUGUUGGGGCCAGGCCCAGAGGCUUCUCCUCCAUGGACAUCACAGACCAACCCGGGAGAAUAAGGAGUAUCUGCUGUGGUCUGGGCACCUCCUCCCUGGGCAUUGGUGUCCAUUAGAUAUGGAGGCUACCUCCCCAAGGUGGGAUGAUGGCAGAGCCAGACUGCUGGAAAAUCUAGAACUUGAAUGAGCCCCUUCAGCCUCCUUUAGGCGCAUGCCAUAGUAAUCUUGGCCGGUGACCUCAAACUGAACCCAUGAGUCUGAUAGGUCUAGGAGGCAUGUCAGGACCAGGGGCAGACCUUGGGGGCAGACUCUGAGCCACCCAGUUCACCCUACCAGGGCAGCAGCCCCAAGCAAGUGUGGCCUCAAGUUUUGGGCAACCAUUCCCUUUACCACUAUAAAGGUAGAAAAGUGGGUUUUGGGAAAAUGACACUCCCUUAGCUGUGUGACAUUAUCUUUGGGGCAGACUUUUGAGCUAGGAUGGCGCUGCCCUGUCUCCACCCACAGGCACAAGGUCUUUGUGACACUUCUUAGGGGAAGUGGCUCGGUGGAACCAUCUCCUGACUCACUCAGCAAUCUGUCCUGAAUGGUGACUAGAGAA